AUGAUAGAUAUUCUUCACGAGAAAAAUAAGAUAUACGAUUUCAAAGAAUCGUAUGAAUCAAAAACACCUAUAGAAAAUGAAGUUCCAGAAAAUAAUUCUGUAGAUAUACAAAAUGAAAGACAUAUUAUAUGGAGAAAGAAUACCCCUUUUUUAUAUAGUUCUUUGUUAAAACAUAAAUUAGAAUGGCCUUCAUUAACAGUAGAAUUUUUAGGAGGUGAUAAUUCUUUUAAAUCUAAAUUAAAUUAUUUUACUAAUAAAGUAUUAUUAGGAACACAUACUUCUAAUCAAGAUUUAGAAUAUGUAUAUAUAGGUGAAAUUAAAUGUCCUAUAUAUUCUAUUAAAGAAGAUGUAUUACAAUAUGAAAAUUAUAGUGGUUUUAUAAGUAAUAAAAAAAAAAAGAAAGGGCACCCUUUACCAUGUUUUGAAGUGAAAGCAAAAUUAUUACAUCCUGGAGAAGUAAUGAGAGCAACGAAUUUACCUAGUAAUUCUUUUUUUAUUGUAACUCAAACAUCUAAUGGAAGUGCUCUAUUAUUUGAUUACACAAAACACCCAUCCUUCCCUUCAGAUAUGUCUACUUGUUAUCCUCAAAUGAUAUUAAAAGGACAUACAAAUGAAGGAAGUGGAUUGUGUUGGAAUGUUAAUCGUGUAUAUGAUUCUUAUAAAAAUGCAAACAUAUAUGAUGGUUACAUGGAUAAAGAUAUAGAUACCUGCAAGGAAGAUGAUUCAAUUAAAGAUAUAUAUUCAGUUAAAGAUAUUUAUUCAAUUAAAGAUACAUAUUCUGUUGAAGAUAUAAAUUCUUUGAAAGACGUGCAUUCUAUUAAGGAUGCAUAUUCUGUUAAAGAACUUGAAGCACAGAAUGAAUUGGAUAUGGUUAAUGAUCUAGAUACUGAAGAAAGUAAUGACAGUAAUAAUAAUAAUAAUAGUUCGUUUGGAACAGAAGUCAAUACUUCCAAUUUAUUAUUAGCUAGUUGUUCAGUGGAUGGUAGUAUAUGUUUAUGGGAUAUUAAUAAAGGUACUAAAAGUAAUGAUGUUCCACGAACAUAUGGUUUAAAUAAAAGUGGAAAAACAGCAGAUUAUAAUAUAAAAAUUUAUGAAAAUACUCCUACAUUAAGUCCAUUAUGUACAUGGUAUAAUAAACAUACAAAGACAUCUUUUAAUGAUAUAUUUUUUCAUCCUAAAUUUAGUAAUGCUUUAGGAGUAUGUGAUGAUAAUGGUUAUAUGAGUAUAUAUGAUAUAAGAAAAAAAAAUUUCUUUACAAAGGCAGAAAUUAGUUUUAAUGAUCAUAAUGAGGCAAUGAAUACAUUUUCAUUUGAUAAUUUUUCAGAAUAUAUAUUUUCAUGUGGAUAUAGUGAUGGUUUAAUAUCAGUAUGGGAUAUGAGAUAUAAUAAAGAAUCAUUAUUAAAAUUAAAUUAUCAUACACAAGGUAUUAACAGAAUUAAAUUUGGUAUGAUCAGUUCAGGUAUUUUUGCAUCUUGUUCAGAUGAUGGAACAGCAUGUAUAUGGGACCUUUCAAGAAAUAACAAUACACAAAUAUUACCUCUUCAAAAAACAGAAGAUGAUAUAUAUAAUAAUCCAAAUCCUAUACCUAAACAAUUAUUAUUUGUUCAUGGAGGACAUAUAGGAAGUAUAUAUGACCUCGCAUGGGCAAACAGUAAUACUUUCACAAUUGCUACAGUAGGAGUUGAUAACUCUAUACAUGUAUGGCACCUGAAUGAGCAAUUUCUUUUUCAAUAA